GGCCGACAGUCACAACCCGACACAACAGUUAACGUAGUAGGCAGUAGUGGUUUAGUGAUCGUUUGUACGUAUGAUUUCACGUAAUUUGUGGACAUUAUUGUGAAAUUUGCCCAAAGAUUUUGUCAUAAUCGCACCUUAAAUUUCUGCUCACAUCAUGCGUUUAUAUUCUGGAGUAGGAAAGGUUCUGCCCUUCGUGCUCUUCUUAAUUAUCCUGCAGGAGGCAGUGAGCCCACCUGUGACUCAAAAGAAGAAGGGCCAUGAAGACAACAAGAUUGAUGAUACAGAUGAAGAAGACCCAGGUGGCCUUCAGAUUGAAUAUAACCGAUACCUGAAAGAAAUAGUCACAGCAUUGGAGAGUGACCCAGAAUUCAAAUCAAAGCUGGAGAAAGCUGAAGAAAGUGAUAUUCGGUCAGGGAAGAUUGCUAGUGAGCUGGAAUAUGUGAAUCAUCAUGUUCGAACCAAGCUUGAUGAAAUUAAACGUACCGAGUUGGAACGGCUCCGUCACCUUGCUACGAAGGAAUAUGAGCUGCGCCAUGGAAUGGACACAGAACACUUGAAGAUAUCGCCAGAGCACCUUGAUCUUUCAAAUCCACAUACCUUUGAGAUUGAAGAUUUGCGGAAACUCAUUUUAAAGACAACUGCAGACAUAGCUGAGGCUGACAGAAAGCGCCGUGAAGAAUUUAAGGAGUAUGAAAUGCAGAAGGAAUUUGAAAAGCAAGAGAAACUGAAGGCAUUGGAUGAAGAGCAUAAAAAGCAGAUGGUUAAGGACUUGGAGGAACAAGAACAGAAGCACAAGCAGCACGAGCCACUACACCAUCCAGGCAGCAAACAGCAGCUUGAGGAGGUGUGGGAGAAGCAGGACCAUAUGGAUAAUCAGGAGUUCAAUCCAAGAACAUUUUUUCAUUUGCAUGAUUUAGAUGGCAAUGGUGUGUGGGAUGCAGAUGAAGUAAAAGCACUGUUUCUUAAGGAGCUAGAUAAGAUGUACACUCCGGGUGCAUCAGAGGAUGACAUGCGUGAACGCAUCGAGGAAUUAGAACGUAUGAGAGAGCACGUCUUCAAGGAGGCUGAUACAAACAAGGAUGGACUUAUUAGCUAUGAAGAGUUCCUAGCACAGACCCAGAAACCCGAGUUUGAGAAGGAUCCUGGCUGGGAAGGUCUGGACGAGCAGCAGAUCUAUACCCAAGAUGAGUACAGGGCGUUUGAGAUGAGACGACAGGAGGAAAUACAGAGGUUGAUAGCCCAAGGGGUGAUACCACCCUAUCCCAACGGCAUGCCCCCACCACUGCACGGCAUCCCCCCACCACACACUGGAUACCAACAAGGUGCUCAAGGGCAGCAGUACUACCAACAGCAAUUCCCCUCACAGCACCAUCCUGGUUCACAACAGGUACCGCAGUAUGGUGGCCACAUGUCUCAUCCUAACCAGGUACCACAGGGUCAGAUGUAUGCUAACCAGGUACCACAGGGACAGGUGUAUGCUAACCAGGUACCACAGGGUCAGAUGUAUGCUAACCAAGUGGCACAGGGUCAGAUGUAUGCACCAGGCCAGAUGUACCCUGGUCAGGUACCACCUCAAGUUCAUCCAGGACAAGUGCAACCCCAGGCUCAACCUGGAGAAGUUCCACCCCAGGCUCAACCCAGACAAGUGCCACCCCAGGCUCAGCCCGGACAAGUUCCACCCCAGGCUCAGCCCGGACAAGUACCACCCCAGGCUCAGCCCGGACAAGUACCACCCCAGGCUCAGCCUGAACAAGUUUCGCCCCAGGCUCAGCCCGGACAAGUGCCACCCCAGGCUCAGCCCGGACAAGUUCUGCCCCAGGCUCAACCAGGACAAGUGCCGCCCCAGGCUCCACCUGGACAGGUGUCACCCGAGGUUCAACGAGAACAAGUAAAUCCGGGCCAGAAAUCAAUACAGCCACCGCAGAGACAAAACAGUAAUAUUAAUCUGCUGCCCCAACAUGUGCCCCAGCCAGCUGAACAUUUGAGGGAUCCAAUUGAUGUGAAUCAGUUGAGGCAGGGUGAAGGUAAUGCAGCUAACAAUCCACCACCACAGGCGCAAAAAGUUCCGUAAUCCAGCGCUUUUGUGCAUAGUUGUAGAAAUGGCAGUAUUGUACUGCAUUAGGCAGCAUGUAUUAGUGUCAGAUCAAGUGUAAACACCUCAUCCUAUGAUUGAGUCACAGCAAAAGUGGAGGAUAGAUCAUACAGGGAUUAAAAGAACCUUUUCAGGGUCAUGAACACAAAUAUUUGCCCUGUCGCAAGACACUCAUAAUGAGUCAUGUGUCAGUUUCUGCCACAUAAACAUCUUUUAGUCCCCUAUAUAUGUUGACAAGUGGUCAAAAUCCAAAGCUACUGCUGUGUUUUGUCUCUCCCUUGCAACUACUUUGAAGAACGUACCAUGAACAGACAACCACCGGAAUGACAUGUAGAUAAUCAUGGCUGCAGCUUCCAUUUCUACGUAAGCACAUUAUAAAUGAACUGCAGAACAUCUUAUGAGCAGUGAGUGUUAGAGCAUUUAGAAUCCUUUUCUCCCUCUCCUCUUCCUGUUCUCUCUAAUGUUGUGAAAUGCCAGACCCGACGGGUACAUGAACACAGAACUGUGAAAAGAUUACUGUUCUGGACAGUCUGUACUCCAGCAAUGGCACUUAAACAUUAGGCAUUUUGUACAGUGUAAAAAAAAAGAACUCCUUAUGUAGAAGUGAUGUUUGUCUGUCUGUCCAUCUGUGACAUAGUAUCAGUGCAAAGACUGGUGAACAGAUUUUCUUAAAAUCUGAUAUGCUAGACUUUCACAACAAGUUGUCAGGCAAUUCCAGUUUUGGGCAUAUUGAUUUCACAACAAAGCCUAGAGUACAUAUGGUCAGAAAUUGAUUUUUUCCAUGUAUCCCCAAAAACCCUUAAAUAGAUUUUGUUUAAAUUUAAUAUAGGAGGCCAACUAAUUUACAUUUCAUUAUUCCCAUUUUAAGUAAGAUUAAUGCCAUUGGUAAUAUUGUAUACCAUCUUGUCUUUACUUCUGAAACGGAAAUGGACAGUGAAUGUGACAGAGUGUUCUGUCACAUUCUGACAUGUGACUUAUCUGGUGCUAUUACAUUAGUUUUGGUGUAACAUUCUACCAGAGGUGAUAUAGCUCAUUCAGGUAAUGUGAAAUCAUUCUGUGAAAUGAGUGAGGGUCACAAUGGGUCUAGAAUGGACUGCAUAAACAUUAGCAAAGAUGGUAGCUCUUUCUCUUCAGUGUUAAAUAUGAACAAGGUGCUUUCUGAAAUUUGAAAAGUGUGGUCAUCUAGAUUGUAAUGCUGUGUAUUCAGAGAAAGCCCAUAACUUCUGUGAGGAAUUGAGACAUCUUCCCCCUUUAAUUCCUUGACUUAUGAUCCAUGACUUGUUAGUGUUCGCGCUCCUAGUUGUUGCAUGUUAUUUGCUGGGCAGUAACGACGUUACCUCAGAAACUGGAUAAGCUUCAUUGAAGGUUCAUUACCAGGAAUGUCCUGUGUGUGAAACACUGCAUAGGAAUAUUCUUUGACAUUCUAGUGAGAGUUAACACAAAAGGACAAACUGUGAAACAACUUGUUCCACAUUCUGUGUUACAGUUACUUGCAUUGUAGUUACGUCGUUGAGUAAUAAAGUGAUGUUGCAAGAAUACGCCUUGAGGUCUUAUUUCACGACAGCUUCAUAGGAACAUAAGCCUCUGCCUUCAGGGUAGAAGCAGCUCAGCUUGCUGCUUGCUUCUUUUGGUUUCUUGCUUGGCUUAUUCUUCUACCCUGAAGAUGGAGGCAGUAUGUCCAAAAUGUCAGGCUGCCCCUGAACUACUGAACUGAAUGCGCUACUUUUGAUAGUCACCGUCAUGAGAACCUCAAAUGCUUGAAAUUUAUAUUCAGAUAUAGAAUAACUUCCAGUGGCACAUUAGACUACUUACAAGGACAACAGGCAUCUCUUCAAAUUCCAUAUUACCUGGUAGUAACAAAGAUGUGUUCUGUGGAUGUGGUACAGAUAUCUUAUGUAUCCUUAAUAAAAUAAUUUUGAAUAAUGGUGGUGGAUUCUUAGCUUACUCCAGAAACAUUAAUAUAUCUGAUAUGAGUGUUAUGACAGGAAGAUGACAGUGAUCUAACUUUGAAAUUUGGGUCCCCAAUCAUGACAGUAGUUCUCAGACCAUCUACGCUCGUACAGGAGCCGCUGGCUCGAGAUGUGGUUGUGAUGUUUCAUUGUUAACACUGGGUUGUAUGCAAAUAUUACAUACGUAUAUUGUGAUGUGAAUAAAAGGAACGUCAAUAACCAGUA